CGCGGCCAAGGCGCACGGAGGCGGGCUUCAUUUCGGCGCCUUUCUGUGUCCCGCGGAAGUCAUUGGCUGGCGGGGAACGAAAGAGGCGGGACGGGUUGCCGCGGGUUCAGUGCCGCCAGUGGAACCGGGAGAUGCGGCGCAGGACCUGUCGCUGUGCUUCCCCUCAGCUGGGUCUCUUCUCUUGUUGUGGUUCCUCCGGCGGCUUGGAUCAUGCUGUUACCCUCGGACGUGGCCCGGCUCGUGUUGGGUUACUUGCAACAAGAAAAUCUCACAUCUACCUGCCAGACUUUUAUUUUAGAAAGUUCAAAUUUAAAAGAAUAUGCAGAACACUGUACAGAUGAAGGUUUUAUCCCAGCCUGCUUACUGUCUUUAUUUGGAAAAAACUUGACAACAAUUUUGAAUGAAUAUGUAGCCAUGAAAGCAAAAGAGACAUCAAAUGAUGUCCCAGCAAUAAUGUCAUCUCUGUGGAAGAAGUUGGACCACACACUUUCUCAAAUCAGGAGCUUGCAAAAUUCCCCAGGACUUGCUGCAACUCAGAGAGCCCGAACAAGAAAUGGAAUUGCAGAAAUCAAGCGACAAAGACGGCUUGCAUCUCAAGCAGCUCCUACCACUUCGGGGUUGAUGACUCUCCCUUGUCUUCCAGGACAGUUUAUCACUUCUCCUUUGACGCCUACACAAGUUGUUCGACCAACAGGCCCAAUUUCUACUCCACUGAAGUCAAAUUUUGUGGUAGUUAACAAUUCACAGUCACAAGAUACUGUCACUGCUGCAGACACUUUAAAUAUUGCUCCUGGUCCUCAGGAAAGAAAAACUCAAGCCAGUUUAAUGUCUCCUGGCAGGCGCAAAAGUGACUCGCAAAGAAAAAAUACCACCUUUUCUGGGCCUCAUUCAACAAUACGGAAUUUACAGGACCCUAAUGCAUUUGCAGUAGAAAAACAAAUGGUUAUUGAAAAUGCACGAGAAAAAAUAUUAAGCAACAAAUCUCUUCAAGAAAAAUUAGCAGAAAACAUUAAUAAAUUUUUGACUAGUGAUAAUAAUGUUGCUCAAAUACCUAAGCACACAGAUAGCAACCCUUCUGAGCCAGAGACUUCAAUUGAUGAACUCUUGGGACUUCCGUGUGAAAUUCACAUGUCUGAAGAAGUUAUACAGGAUAUUUUGGAACAAACGGAAUCAGACCCAGCGUUUCAGGCUCUGUUUGAUCUCUUUGACUAUGGUAAAACAAAGAAUAAUAAGAAUAUAUCACAAAGCAGUUCCAGUCAGCAUGUCGAAACCAGUCAGCAUAUUGAAACCAAUCCCAAUAUAAUCUUAGCAGAUGAAACUAAUGUAACAGCUAAAGGUGCUUUCAAAGCAGAAGAUUCUGGUGGUCAGUCUGUUCAACCCGCAUUUUGCUCCUCCUUUCAAAAUGAAGAUACCUUAAAUGCUUUGAAGGAUGGCAGCAACCAUGCUGAGCUUAGGCAAGAGGCCCAGGAAAAUUUUUGCCACGUAGGUUCUAGCAUCCAGAAGAAGAGCUUUAAAACAACUGUACCUGCUGAAGAAAAGUGUCACCUUGACAUUGCUUUUGAGUCUGUGCCUAAUUUGAAUGACUUUACCCAAAGAGGAAAUUCUGCAGAGUGUAAUCAGCAUUGUGCUGCAUUAUACACCAGUCAGAUGUCCACUGAAACUGAAAUGGCUGUGGAGGUUGAAAAGAAUUCCUUGUCACCAAAUGUGCUGAGUGAGUCUCACCUACAAGCUGAUGUACCAGUAACUUCAUUUGCUUCACUUGCUGGUGAAACAAACAAUGAAAAUGUAGUUCUCUCUGGGAAAAAUUCUCAACUUUUAUCUGAAAAUUCUUCUUUAGCUGGAAAACCAUGCAAGAAAAGUCAAGUUAUUCAAAGUUCUAAUGAUACAGUAGGACUUAAAACUGAUUUCCAUGAUUCUAAGUCACCAGAUUCUAGUGAAAUUCACAAGAAUAAAAUUGAAGUUAGUGAUGCCUUACCAGUUAUGUCACAGCAAUUUUCAAAUUGCCAAGAUAAUUCUUCACUUCAAAGUAAAAUACUACCUUUGUCUGUUGAAAGUUCAAAUUUAAAUGUGUCUGUACAGGAAGUAGACAUUAGUUUUACAGAUUCCAUCUCUCCAAAUAAGCAAUCAUCUCAUAAUACACCAUCUAUUGAAUUAAACCACACAGAAAAUGAAACUGAGCCAUCCAAAUCUGAGAAAGCUGUUUUGGACUCACAAGACCCUUCAUCCUCUGUAAAAGAAGUUGGAGAUGCCAUGUUUCUCUCUUUAAGUGGAAGUGAUAACUGUCGGGAAGUUGCUUUAAUGCCUCCAGAAGGUGAUGGUGCAGAAAAUACUCACUCUCUUCCUUCACAAUCUGUGUGUUCCUCGGUGGAAGAUGGUCACCCUGAGCCCCAAAAUACUGAUGAUAAGCCUUCUAGCAAUAGCUCAUCAGAGAUAGAUGCAUCAAAUAUCGUCUCUCUCAAAAUCAUAAUUAGUGAUGACCCAUUUGUUUCCUCAGAUGCUGAACUCAACAGUGCCGUCUCUAGUAUCAGUGGAGAAAAUUUGCCAACUAUAAUUUUAUCUUCGCCUGCUAAAUCACCUGCCAAAAGCACAGAGUUAGUUAAAUGCUUGUCUUCAGAAGAAGCUGUAGGUGCUAUUGUUUCUUCUGAAGUAGGAGUUUCAUCCUCAAUGGAACAGAACCUUUUAGCACUUAAGCUUGAGGACUCUGUGGUAAACAACCCUCAGAAUGAAGAUGGCGUUGCUUUUUCAGCCAGUGUUACGCCAUGCGUUUCCAAGGAUGGCGGAUACAUACAGUUGAUGCCAGCCACAAGCACAACUUUUGGCAAUUCAAAUAACAUUCUGAUAGCUACCUGUGUGACUGAUCCAACUGCAGCCUUGGGAACAACUGUGAGUCAGUCUAAUGUAGUAGUCCUGCCUGGAAACUCUGCAGCUAUGGCUGCUCAGCCUCCACCACCUCAGCUGCAGACCCCACCAAGGUCCAACAGUGUAUUUGCUGUCAACCAAACUGUGUCACCAAACUUUUCACAAGGAUCUGCCAUCAUAAUUGCUUCUCCAGUCCAGCCUGUGCUCCAAGGAAUGGUGGGAAUGAUCCCUGUAUCCGUGGUGGGACAGGGUGGAAAUACUUUUUCAGCACCUCCUCGGCAGGUUCUUCAUAUGCCUUUGACAGCCCCUGUUUGCAAGAGAAGCAUUCCUCAAUUCCCAGCCCCUCCAAAGUCUCAGAAGGCUCAGGGGCCAAGAAACAAGCCUUGCAUAGGAAAGCAGGUGAAUAAUUUGGUGGAUUCAAGUCAUGCAGUUGGAUGUCAUACACAAAGAACUGAAGUGACUGACAAGAAUACAACUGCAGACCUUGGGAAGAAACUAGAAGAAACCACAGUUCCUUCUUCAGAAGAGAAUGUGGUUCUAGCUGGCAAACCAUUCGAAAGCCAUAGACGUGUGCUCUGUUUUGAUAGCACUGCCACUUCCGUUUCAAAUACACAGGGGACACACCCUAAGAUGGUGUCCCAGAGCAAGGACAGAAAUGACAUUUCCUUUCCUAAUCCUAACUCACCUGUUGUGUCCUCCACCUUAAAACCCCCUUGUAAUAAUGCUGUCAGAAAAGAGAGAGAAAAACCAGCCAUGCCUAAGAUUUUAUCUAAAUCAGAAACUGCUAUUAGCCGACAUACCGCCAUAAAAGAUACUCAGUCAGGAAAGAAAGUGUCACCAACAGAGGUCGUGCUUGAAUCUUUCCAUAAAGCAACAGCCAACAAGGAAAAUGAACUAUGCAGUGAUGUGGAAAGGCAGAAAAAUCCAGAAACUUCAAAGCUGUGUGUUGGGCAGCAAAAUGGAGGUUUACGAAAUGAGAAAACUAUAGCUUCACUGCAAGAGCUGACCAAAAAGCAAGGCACAUCCACAACUGGUAAAAAUGUCAUUCCAAUAGGUGCAGCCGCAAAGGAUCUAAAACAAGAACAAACUAAAUCUUCCAGUUCUUUGGUUACCUCAGAAACAUUACAGGAUGUUCACUGGCAUAGCCCAGCUAGUCGGUUCACUGAGAGUGACUUACCUGUAGUCCGGACAGCUGGUGCAGGGACAGGGGAAAAACAUAAAGAAGAACCUACAGAUGGCAUCAAGGCCCCCUCCAGUCGGCGUUGUGGUGAAGACAGUAGCAUAGCCAAGGUCAUGGUCCCUCCCGUCACUACAGACUUGCCAGCCUGCAGCCCUGCCAGUGAGACAGGCAGCGAAAACAGUGUAAACAUGGCUGCCCACACAUUAAUGAUUCUCUCCAGAGCAGCCAUCUCAAGGACUACUUCCACAACUCCUCUAAAAGAUAACACCCAGCAAUUCCGAGCAUCUUCAAGAAGCACCACAAAAAAGCGAAAAAUUGAGGAAUUAGAUGAGCGUGAGCGAAACUCACGUGUUUCUACUAAAAAUCUUGCAAACUCAUCAGUACCAAUGAAAAAGAAAAAAAUUAAGAAAAAGAAGCUACCCAGUUCAUUUCCAGCUGGAAUGGAUGUGGACAAGUUUUUAUUGUCAUUGCAUUAUGAUGAGUGAACAUUGUGAACACUUACAAACAGUAGCUAUUUAAUACUCAUCUCCCUGAAACUAUGAGUGUAAGGAAUGGGAUACUGACAGAAAUUAAAAGCAUAACCUGCACUUUUAUUAUACUGAAAUUUCACUUUAUACUUAAAUCGUGCUGUUUCUGAAGCAGCUCCCGAGUUUGUAAAUAGAGUUGAUAUAUUUUUAUUUUUGCAGAAAUGUAAGUAAAACCAAUCUGCAAAAUUGUAUAGCUUUGACAGUUGCAUAUUGUAAACAUUGUGUAAAUAUUAUUGAAAUAGAAGUUAAAUCGACCUGAUGUUCUUACACUUUUUACCUUCUGAUCCUUAAGUAUAAGAGUUACUCAUAUGGAAUAGUUUCUCAGUUUUGGAGGAAGGUGAUGUUUAUCCUUAUAAAUUACAAAUUGGUAAUCAUUCAAUAAGACGUUUAAACACAUGGCCACUCAACAGAAAUGAUAACCACCUCAGCCGACAGUAAAAUAUGUAACCAGAAAUAAACAAUGUUGAUGGGUUUUGCUUCUAGAGUGAAUACUACCCCUUCUUACAAAUCACAGUAAAGAUUAUAUUCCUGGAAUUUUAUACUUGUAACUAUUCUUUCUGGUUGUUCAGUUCUUUUUGUUUUAAAGAGAGAAUUUUGUGGACCAUUUAUUCAGUGUUCUGAUCUCUGGUUUGUAACUUUGAAGAUCUACAGAACAUUUAAGUGGUAAGUGGUUAGACUAUUGAGCCAUCGAAAGUUUCAUAAUGUAGUAUUUGAGAUUUCUUGGUAUGUAUAUAUUUUUCCCCAAAAUACUGGGGAUUUAAAGAAUUGCACUAAUUCAUAGCACUCUUUACAUAGUAGUGACCAAUGCACAGUUUAUGUAAAUCAUGUAUUCUCUGUUAAAGUUGUAUAGAGGGUUAUCUUCCGGUGUCUUUCCUCUAAAUCAUGUCCAUCGUAAGAUGUAAAAAGAAAAAUCAUAGUUUUAUAUUUUAUUUAGUUUCUUCUGAAAUACGGUGUGCUGAAUAACUAUAUCUAGACCUAGAUAUAGUACCUUUUCUGUGUGUCCCUUAAAGUGAUAGUUACUCUGAUGGUCCUUCAGGAAGAAUGAGAGUGGUGCCUUCUGUAUUAGACUCACACACAUCAGUCAAGUUGAAAAAUUAAUUUAAACUUUUAAAUAAGAAUAGAAAGCAUUACUAGUCCCUGACCAAUUGUGCCUAGAGAUUAAGGUAUGUUCUCAUAAGUGUUUUCUGUUUUAUUACAUACAGUAUAAUAGGGCUUUUUCUUACAAGUGUAUAUUCUGUUAAAUACUUUCCUCAACCUUUUAUUUUUGUAUUAGGCCUUUAAAAAAAUAUAUCCAUUGUAUUCUAACACAACACUGUCAAUGCAUAAGUCAUUUCUUAAUUGCCGAAACUUACUGCAGGAAUUUAUCUUGUAAGAAAUUUUUUAUGAUGUGGCAAUCAUCUAUUCUCACGGAAUCAAAUACAUAGUUUGUUUAUUUAACUCAACUUGAUAUACUACAGUUAGGUUUGAAUAAAUAUUUUCAUUUACUUCAGAAGUUUGAAUUAUUUUAUAUUGGUAGAGAAACUUGGACUAAAUUACUUCACAAUUCUUACUUUUUUUUUUUUCAGGAAUUCAUAUAAUGCUAAAGAUUAUCUCAAUUUUUAUUUAUAUGUGCUAAGAACUAAGCUUACAGAGUUGUUCACUUUCUUCAGGAAUCUAUGCCAGCUGGGAUCCACUAAAUAUAGUCUGAAGACAAUUUCAACUUAGAGCUUUUAUGUCACAGAGCAACGCCAUAAUCUCCAUUUUACGUUGAAAGUCCAAAUGUCUUGGAAUUCAUUGUCCUGUUAUACCUGGUAGCCUGGAAUUGGGGCAGACCGGGCUGGGCCAGGCUACAGCAGCCACCAGCAAAUGCCAAGUUGAGGAGGGCUGUGCCAGACUGGACUGUAGUACCCAAAAGUACAUGUGAGACUGUGUGGUUGGGGCAGGCUGGAGGCAAAUCUUGUCAAGUUUGACUGCAGAACCACCUGCGAAGUGCUAGAUCUGGGAGUGGGCCCAGUAGGGAAACUGGGCACCUCUUGGAUAGGUUGAAACUCCUACUGGUGAACAUAACUAGGGCUGGGGAUAGGCCUGGCUAGAUGGGUUGUGGCACCCGCCAGCAUGAGUGUGGGCUGGAUAGAUAAGUUGAGCUAGCCUUUACACCCAUUGACAUGUACAAGAGCUGAAUGGGAUGUGGGACAGACUGGACUGUCCCACUACACUACACAUACUGGCAAGCACAGAAGCCAGGGUGGGGGGCGAGCCUUGUGGGGGUUAUUGGGGUUGCUCAGUCUAGGCUGCAGCUCUUGCUGUGUAUGUAGGGUAGGGUUGGGCUAGGCUAUAGCAUCCAAUAAUUUACAUAGAGAUAGGGCUGGACAGAACUGACCCAGCAAUCACAGCCACCAGUGUGUGUGUAGGCUGAUGUGGGUGAUGGACUGAGCUGGAUCCCAUACUGAUAAGCACACACAAGAGUCAGGUCUGGGAUAACCACAGAUGAGAUUUCUUUGAGGUCCCCUAACUGAGUCACUGGAUUCAGAUUUCAAACCAUGGGGAGAGUGGCAGAGCCUGUGAGCUGAGAGUAGAGUACAUGUGUCAGAACUGGGCCUCCUCAGUGGCUUAGAGCAGUGGACACAUACCCAGAUGCACAUGGAGGAUAUAGUAGUCCAUUGGGGCCU